AUGAUACCUGGUACUUGUGAACAACUUGCUCACCUUGCCAAACUCAGAAAUAUUGGUAUUUCUGCUCACAUUGACAGUGGUAAAACAACAUUGACCGAACGUAUUCUUUUCUAUACCGGUCGUAUCAAGGAAAUUCACGAAGUUAAAGGUACUGAUGGUGUUGGUGCCACUAUGGAUUCUAUGGAUUUGGAAAGAGAAAAGGGUAUCACUAUUCAAUCUGCUGCUACUCACUGUGAAUGGGACAAGCAUCACAUUAAUAUUAUUGAUACUCCAGGUCACGUUGACUUUACAAUUGAAGUUGAAAGAGCUUUGAGAGUUUUGGAUGGUGCUAUUUUGAUUUUAUGUUCAGUUUCUGGUGUUCAAUCACAAUCUUUAACUGUCGAUCGUCAAAUGAAGAGAUAUGGUGUUCCACGUUUGUGUUUCAUCAACAAAUUGGAUCGUUUGGGAGCUAAUCCAGAUCGUGUCAUUGCACAAGUCAGAGACAAGUUAAAGUUGAACGCUGCUGCUGUUCAAAUUCCAAUGGGUUUGGAAGAUAACUUGCAAGGUGUUGUUGACGUUAUUGAAAUGAAGGCCCUCUAUUUUGAAGGUGACAAUGGUGAAAAGAUUACAAAGAAGGAAAUUCCAGAAAGAUAUUUGGAAGAAGCUCAAACAAAGAGAGCUGAAUUAUUUGAAAGAUUGGCUGAAGUUGAUGAUGAAUUUGCUGAAGUUUAUUUGGAAGAUGGUGAAAUUACUGAAUCACUCAUUCACACCACAAUUCGUAGAGUUACUAUUGCUAACAAAUUCGCUCCUGUUUUCAUGGGUAGUGCCAAGAAGAAUACUGGUAUCCAAGCUUUGUUGAAUGGUGUCCUUCGUUAUUUACCAAAUCCUGCUCAAGUUAAAAACACAGCUAUUGAUUGUUCUGAAGAAAAGGCAGGUUUACCAGAAGCUGAAAGAAAGGUUGAAAUUCAUGCCGACAAUACUAAACCAUUCAUUGGUUUGGCUUUCAAAUUGGAAGAAGGUAAAUACGGUCAAUUGACAUAUAUGAGAGUUUAUCAAGGUACAUUGAAGAAGGGUACUUCAAUUACUAAUGCCAGAACUGGUGACAAGUUGAAGGUACCAAGAUUGGUCAGAAUGCACGCUAACGAAAUGGAAGAUAUUACAGAAAUUGGACCAGGUGAAAUUUGUGCCGUUUUUGGUGUUGAUUGUGCUUCUGGUGAUACAUUUAUUUCAUCUGCAAAGAAUAAGUUCACUUUGGAAACUAUGUUUAUUCCUGAACCAGUCGUUUCCAAGUCUGUUCAACUUAAGGAUCGUGCUAAGGAAAACAUUUUUGCCAAGUGUUUGAACAAAUUCCAACGUGAAGAUCCAACAUUUAAGGUUACAUUCGAUCCAGAAGGUAAUCAAACCAUUAUCAGUGGUAUGGGUGAAUUGCACUUGGAUAUCUAUGUUGAAAGAAUGAAACGUGAAUUUGAUUGUGAAGUUAUUGUUGGUAAGCCAUAUGUUGCUUAUCGUGAAACUAUUCAAGGACGUGGUGAAUACAAUUACACUCACAAGAAACAAUCUGGUGGUGCUGGUCAAUAUGCUAAGGUUAUUGGUCACAUUGAAUCAAUGACUGAAGAAGAAAUGGCUGAACAUCCAGACAAAUUCAUGUUUGAAAAUCGUAUUAUUGGUAACGCUAUUACACCAUCAUAUAUUACUGGUUGUGAAAGAGGUUUCCGUGAAUCUGUUGUUAAGGGACCAUUGAUUGGUUGUCCUGUUUGGGGUGUUAAGGCAAUUUUGAGCGAUGGUGCUACUCACCCUGUCGAUUCGAGUGAAAUGGCCUUUAGAUUUGCUUGUGAACAAGGUUUCAGACAAGCUUUUGAAAAAUCAAGACCUGCAAUUCUUGAACCAAUUAUGAAGGUUGAAAUUGUUGUUCCAGAAGAAUUCCAAGGUGAAGUUUUGGGCAGUAUCAAUCAAAGACGUGGUCAAGUUACAAAUUCUGAAAGAAGUGCCAUCGAUGCCAGUUGGACAAUUUGGGCUGAAGUUCCUUUGGCUGAAAUGUUCGGUUAUACAACAACUUUGAGAAGUUUAACACAAGGUAAAGGUGAAUGUUCAAUGGAAUAUUUCACUCACCGUGUUGUUACUCCAGAUAUUCAACAAAAGAUUAUUGACGAAAAGAGUAAGGAAAGUGGAAACGGAGGUGAAGCUAAGGCUGAAUCUGGUAAGAAGAAGAAAUAA